AUGACCCAUGACGGACAAUUCAGUCACCGCAAGUUCGAACACCCCCGGUGCGGCUCCCUGGGCUUCCUGCCCAAGAAGCGCUGCCGCCGUGGGCGCGGCAAGGUGAAGUCGUUCCCCCGCGACGAUGCCACCAAGCCGGUGCACCUGACCGCGUUUGUGGGCUACAAGGCCGGCAUGACCCACAUCCUGCGCGAUGUGGACAAGCCCGGGUCCAAGCUGCACAAGAAGGAGACCUGCGAGCCCGUGACCAUCGUGGAGUGCCCCCCCAUGAUCGUGGUGGGCGUGGUGGGCUACGUCAAGACCACGCGCGGCCUGCGCGCCCUCAACACCGUGUGGGCGGAGCACCUCAGCGACGAGUGCAAGCGCCGCUUCUACAAGAACUGGUACAAGGCCAAGAAGAGGGCGUUCACCCGCUACGUCAAGAAGUACGCCGACGGCAAGAAGGCCAUCGAGGCGGAGCUGGAGCAGCUCAAGAAGCACUGCACCGUCAUCCGCGUGCUGGCCCACACCCAGGUGCGCAAGCUGCCCAUCGGCCAGAAGAGGGCCCACCUGCUGGAGGUGCAGGUCAACGGUGGCACCACCGCCGCCAAGGUGGACUUCGCCUACUCCAUGUUCGAGAAGGCCGUGACCGUGGACAGCGUGUUUGCGGUGAACGAGAUGAUCGACACCAUCGCCAUCACCAAGGGUCGCGGUACCGAGGGCGUCGUCACCCGCUGGGGCGUCACCCGCCUGCCCCGCAAGACCCACCGUGGCCUCCGCAAGGUGGCCUGCGUGGGCGCGUGGCACCCGGCGCGCCUGCAGUGGAGCGUGCCCCGCGCGGGUCAGCACGGCUUCCACCACCGCACGGAGGUCAACAAGAAGAUCUACAAGCUGGGCAAGAAGGGCGAGGCCAGCCACGGCGCGGCCACCGACUUUGACCUCACGGAGAAGGACAUCACCCCCAUGGGUGGCUUCCCCCACUACGGCGUGGUCAAGGAGGACUACCUCAUGCUCAAGGGCGCCAUCCCCGGCACCAAGAAGCGCCCGAUCACGCUGCGCCGCACGCUGCUGGCCCAGACCAGCCGCAACGCCCUGGAGGAGAUCAAGCUCAAGUUCAUCGACACCGCCUCCAAGUUCGGCCACGGCAGGUUCCAGACCUACGAGGAGAAGCUCAAGACCUAUGGCCGCACCAAGAACUGA